CGAUACCAAAGAAAAAACCCACGCUAUCAUACAUAUUAUACUUCAAAUACUCAAAACUCGCCAGAUGGCAGCAUCCGGACUCAAGGCUUCAGACCUCCAGGCGUUCAACUUUGCGGCGGCUGGACACGAUGGUGUCCUCUCGGAUGAAUCCGGAGCACUGGUCAUAAAACCCUGCACUGCCCGCGAAGUAGCCUUCUACACCUCCGCCUCCGAACACCCCAAGUUCCAAAAAUGGAUGCCAACCUUCUUUGGAACCCUUGAGCUCUCCGGCUCCGAGCCGGCCGCGGGACCCGUCACGAGUAACCGUAAUACCUCCAUCGUUUUGCAGAGCCUCACCUACGGUUUUUGUAAGCCUUGCGUCAUGGACAUCAAACUGGGAGCCCAGCUCUGGGACGACGAGGCACCGCAGGAGAAGCGUGAUCGUCUGGACGCUGUUUCAAACGCCACCACCUCCAGCUCGCUCGGUCUGCGCAUUGCCGGGAUGAAGGUGUGGAAGGGCGAGGCUGCUGGCGGGUAUAAAGUUUUCGACAAACACUACGGGCGCACGUUCACCGCGGAGAAUUGCUCACAAGCCAUCGAGGAGUACCUCUCCGCGGAUAUUAGUGAGGAGCAGAAGAAGUUGAUCGUUGGGAGAUUUUUGAGGAAGGUUACAGAAGUUCGCGAGAUGCUUGAGGAACAGGAGAGCAGGAUGUAUUCUGCUUCUUUCCUCUUCGUGUAUGAGGGCGACCGAGAGGUUCUUGGGACCGCAUUGGAGGAGGAGGAGGAGAAUGCCAAGAAGCCGCCGAAGGGUGAGGAUGAUGAUAGCGAAGAAGAUGAGAAGGCUAAGAAGGUUGAGGAACUCAAGUUGAUUGACUUUGCCCAUGCCAAUUGGACUCCUGGCAAGGGACCCGACGAGAAUGCUCUGCAGGGGGUUAGAAGUACUGAGAGGUUGCUGGCAGAGUUGGUCAAAUGAUUGCUGGGCCGUAGUAGUGUUUAUACAGCACGCUUUAGAUGAAUUUACUCUUUGAUUGUUCGGGUUAUGGUCUCAUGUUUGCUUGUGCUUUCUGACACGUCCCGCACGACGGUCUGAAAAGGACGUUGGAGUAAAGUCUGUUCCAACGUCGCGAGAAUUUGGCAAGUCUCUGCAGCAUGAUUAGUCGGGAUUUGUUUGCGGUGCCCAUCUUCCGUGCGGGUACUCUCAGUGUGCGGCUCUGGAACAGACCGUAGCCCAUGCAAUCGCCCUUACACCCU